AUGAAACCUGACACAUCUCUAAUAAAUGGAGGAGACGUCGCGCAACCAAACGAGACAGAUGCCGACUCAGCAGAAAGCAUUCCAACGACGAUACUUGAGGAAGCGGCUGAGCUUUUGACAACGAAAGCGGCCCCUCACGAUGUCAUAGUAACAAAGACCGUAUCGCUUCAAAUUGGCGACGGUGAAGUGCCUCAAACGCAGCAAUCAACAAACUCCUCAAGGAACGAUCAUCCGUCGCCUGACAGUGAAGCCCAAGGAUCGGCCAAGGGGAACAGCACGACCAAAUCUUCAUCUUAUCUUAUGUUGACGGCAAUGAUCAUCGGUUCAUUGACAAUGAUAAUUGCAUCUGUGAUGAUUUAA